AUGCCUCCCAAAGCAGCCCCUCGACCAAGGGAGUUUGUCCAUCCCGAAGCUGGACAUGCUCGAAAGAAGCCCCCCAGUGCUUUCGCUAUCGAACCCAUCUCGGCAUUCUACUGCUUCCUGAUUGCCAACAUCAUCUCCGCCCUCUUCGCCCCAAUCCAAGAUUGCGAUGAAACAUUCAACUACUAUGAACCGACCCAUUACCUGUCCCACGGUUACGGCCUGCAGACGUGGGAGUACUCCCCCACCUACGCGAUUCGCAGCUGGCUAUACGUUGGUCUACAUGCCAUUGUCGGAGAGUUCUUCUUCAUCCGCUACGUACUCGCCUUUGGCUGCGCCUUGUGCCAGACCCUUCUCUUCCGUGUCAUUAGCCUCACGCUCAAUGCACGCAUCGGUCUGUUCUUCAUCCUGGCCACCAUCUUCAGCCCUGGAAACUUCCAUGCGAGCACCGCCUACCUGCCCUCCAGCUUUGCCAUGUACAUGGCCAUGCUGGGCGCUUCGUCUUUCAUGAACUGGCGGGGUGGUCUCAAGACCGCUCAAGGCAUCUUCUGGUUCGCUGUUGGUGCGGUGGUGGGCUGGCCCUUUGCCGCGGCACUCUGCGCCCCAUUCCUCGUUGAGGAGGCUCUCUUCGCUGCCUUGAGCGAUACGGACCGCUUGAUUGAAGCUAUCAUGCGCGUGGUGAGGGGCGUCGUUGCGGGCCUCAUCGUUCUUUUCUUCGACGGUGUUAUCAACACCUUCUUCUACAAGAAAAUUGAGGUCGCAGCUUGGAACAUUGUCAAGUACAACAUCUUCUCCGAGACCGGCGGCCCUGAACUGUACGGCACAGAACCAUGGACCUUUUACUUCCGCAACCUGACUCUGAACUUCAACAUCUGGUUCGCGCUUGCGCUCGUCUGUCUGCCCCUAUUCUUGUUGCAGAAGAUCGUUUCCCCUUCCGGCCAGGGAUUCCAGACCGGCCUUCGUGCGCUGGUCUUCAUCUCACCUUUCUACCUGUGGCUCGGCAUUUUCACUCUUCAGCCUCACAAGGAAGAGCGUUUCAUGUAUCCUGCCUACCCCUUCCUUGCCUUGAACGCAGCCAUGUCUUUGCACAUUGUUCUUACCGCGCUCGGCAAUUCCGACCCGAAGACCCUCGUUGGCAAGAUCCCUGCCAAGCUCAAGCUGUCCUUGGUCACCAUCACCCUGCUUUUGUCAUUCGAUAUCAGUCUAUCCCGAGUGUACGGCAUUUGGUCUGCCUACUCUGCCCCGUUGAGUCUGUACAAGCCUCUCGGGGCCGGCGUCAGUGGUCAACAAGGCCUUGGUGUGCGUGGCGAUAAUGUCUGCUUUGGCAAGGAAUGGUAUCGUUUCCCGUCAUCCUACUUCCUCCCCCGCGAUAUGCACGCAAAGUUUGUUCGCUCAGAGUUCAGGGGCUUGCUUCCAGGUGAAUUCUCUGAGGCUCGCACUGGGUUUGGUUUCUGGAGUGGUACCUGGAUGCCGACGAAUGGCAUGAACGACAGAAACCAGGAGGACAUGGGCAAAUAUGUUGACCAGAGAUUCUGUGGCUUCAUGGUGGACACACAAUACCCUGAACGAACCGCUCCCCUGCCUCCGAACGAGCCCGACUACAUUGCCGAUGAAGAGAACUGGCAGAUUGUUAAGUGCAUCCCCUUCUUGGACGCGGAGAAUACCCAUGUUUUGGCCAGAGCGCUCUACGUGCCCAAUCUCCCGUUCGUCCCAGAGCAGUUUAAGCGGAAAUGGGGCCGUCACUGCCUGCUCAAGCACAAGAAAUAA